AUGGCGAUGAUGAUGACUGGCCGUGUGCUGCUGGUGUGUGCCCUCUGCGUGCUGUGGUGCGUUGCCGGCGGUGUUUAUGCGAGGGAUCGUGACAACAACGCAGUGGGUGGCUGCGUGGCGUCUGGAGGUUUUGGAGCCAAGACAUCGUAUGUGAAGAGCGGCCGUGAGAAAACUGCGCUCACGCUGCCUUUGCGGUCCAUUUUGCCCAUCCCCGCCAUACAAGCCGAGGAUGAGCAAGAAGCACGUGAGUCAGAGGAAGAGAACACUUUGGGUUCAGUUGGGACUACAGGUCCGGGUUCUGUUUCUGGUGGAGGUCACGGUACUGUUGUUCCUGGAGUUGCUGGUGAUUCCGGUGGUGGGCCCAAUUUGAAAUCACCUUCUGUUGAUACGCCUGUAACUCACGGUGGUGGCGGCGCGGGUUCUACAGGUGGCCUUUCAUCCACUUCGCAGGGUAAUUCCCAAGGAGUUUUGCCAGAAGUAGGACCAAAGCCUCAACAGUCUUCAUUGCUUGAAGAAAAGGUGGCAGCGGUAGCCCCCACCUUAGUGGAGCCACCAAAAAAUUCUGCCCCAGCAGGGGGUGAAAGCGUUGAGAACGACGCCCAGUCGCGUGCGGAUCGUCAACCCCGUUUAGACGAAUCAACCAAAGGAAAAUUGAAUUUGGACCCCACCGAAGCAAGAGCAUUACCAGGGGACACAAAUCAAACACUGCAGGGCGGUGAGAAGGCCGUACCUGACGUAUCUAAAGCAACAGAGCCGGAGCCCAAAACCCAAAAAGAAACAGAACCUUCAGAGGAUAAGAAUGACAGACACAACACGCAUGCAUCCACAAAAUCACCUGAUGUGCCAAAAGGAAACAAUGCGAAGGAAGGAAACAACGAGGAUCCUGCACACACACCAGUUACACCGCAGAGUACAUCAAAUGGCAGCCAACAACUGGCAGCUGUGUCACCUUCAACCGGAACUCCUACAUCAAACGAGGAAAAAUCCACAGUGGCGAAGGAAACUGAGGAUCCUCAACCUUCAGAUACUUCACAGACAGAAAAACGCCAAACUAGCGGUAAUGGAAAGGUCGACGACAGUGACAGCAGCACCACAUUGAGUGAGGCAGCACCACAAACAGCAAUAACAAUUACCGCCGCCCAAACAAAUCAUACGACGACACCUGGCGACAGCGACGGCAGCAGCACCGCGGUCUCCCACACCACCUCCCCUCUUUUGCUUCUCCUUCUUGUUGCGUGUGCGGCUGCGGUGGCGAUCGUGUGA